AUGGACACCUCGGAGACAGCGACACCUCCAGAGAUGAGGCCUGCAUUCACUUUCCCUUCGAUUCAAGUCAAGGUCGAUCAACAUGACGAUCCAUCGGACAAUAAGCCUCCCCUGACCCAUCACUUGACCGAGCCAGCAGAGGUCCUCCACUUCGCAAGUCCUCUUAGGCAUCACAAGAGAACUCCAAGCACUCAUCGACAAGUCAAGGAAACUCUUGAUGCGCAGACGCAGUAUGGAGACGAGAAUGAUGACGGAUGCUCUCAUCACCGAGUCAACCAGUACACAAUCCAUGAAGAGAUUGGAAGAGGUUCCUACGGCGCUGUCCAUCUUGCGAGAGACCAGUUCGGCCACGAAUAUGCUGUCAAAGAGUUCUCCAAAGCUCGUCUUCGAAAACGGCUUCAAUCCAACAUUCUUAGACAAGGUCCAAGAGGCCCAAGGCGCAUGGGUCCUGGUGUCGGUGGCCAAUUCAACGCUGCGCCUCGAGUCAACAACACAAAUGAUGCACUGCACCUUAUUCGAGAGGAAAUCGCCAUCAUGAAGAAACUCAACCACCCAAAUCUAGUACAGCUUUACGAAGUUCUUGAUGAUCCCGAAGAAGACUCUAUCUACAUGGUACUCGAGAUGUGUAGAAAAGGUGUCGUCAUGCAGGUCGGCUUAGACGAGCAGGCCAAACCAUACCCAGAGGAGAAUUGUCGCUACUGGUUCCGAGAUCUGAUACUGGCAAUUGAGUAUCUUCAUGCUCAAGGUGUCAUCCAUCGAGAUAUCAAACCAGAUAACCUGCUCUUGUCCGACGACGAUGUGCUCAAGGUUGUUGACUUUGGAGUUUCUGAGAUGUUCGAGAAACCGGAGAACAUGAGAACAGCAAAGUCCGCAGGGUCGCCGGCCUUCUUGCCUCCCGAACUAUGCGGCAAGCAUGGUGAUGUGUCGGGCACCGCGGCUGACAUCUGGUCCAUGGGAGUCUCGCUUUAUUGUCUCAAGUACGGGAGCAUCCCUUUCAACCGUGACGGAGUCAUGGACAUGUACGACGCCAUCAGGUCCGAUGAGCCUUCUCUUCCCCAAGAUGAGAAUCCAGCCUUUGUCGAUCUGAUGCAGAAGGUUCUUAACAAGGACCCGGAACAGCGUAUUACCAUGGAUAAGCUUCGAGUACAUCCUUGGGUCACCAAGGAAGGCACGGAUGAUCUACUUUCUGCUGAGGAGAACUGCAUCCACAUGGUCGAACCCCCAAACGAGCUUGAAGUCAACCGCGCUUUUACUCGCAAGAUGAACCACCUUCUCUGUGUUAUGAAAGCUAUACAUCGUUUCAAGAGUAUCCUGGCCAAGCAUCGCGCCGCUUCCAACAGCAGCACCCCUAAGCAGAGUCAGAACAGGUCGGGCACAUUCGAUGCGUCUCAGGAGAGGGCCAAGGCCGAAGUUAUUGAGGCGUUGCUCUAUCAGAGGCGCAAAUUCCAGAACGACAAGUCUGACAAUGGCAAUACGCCAUUGCCAGUGUAUGAAAACACAACGCCGUUCUUAGGUAUCGGGACAGGAACUAGAGACGAGUUUGCUUCUAACGAAGCCACUCCAGAUAUGGUGUCUGAUUCGCCCACAGCUGUUGACUUUAACGUUUAUGAUCGAGCGUACGAAACCGCUAUAGAAAACAUCACAUCCAGUCAGAACGAUCAUUCGCGGAGACCAACCGUGUACCUGACAAAAUUUGUCAAGGAUAUGCAUAAGCUAAAGGAGGCCCUGCCUGGGCACGAAGACAACCCUGGAACUUCUGAUGAUCAACAGGGCCAGGCAUCGGGUUCAGCAGAUCCAGCAGCCACUAUGGCAAACCUUGCUGCAAAGCUAGGCCUCAAAGACAAGAAAUAG